AGCCUAUAAACAGCAACGCUUGUGCAACUUUCCUGUUCAUCUGGACGACGGAAAGGCGCUGCUCGAAUUGCAGAGGAAGACCGGCUGCAUACAGCAGUAUUCGCCAUGGCAAGGCUUCUCAAAUUACUUUUCUGUAUGUUUAUCAAAUCAGUGAUUUCACAAACUGCGACAUCCAACACCUUCAAUGAUUCGAUUUACCUGGUGGCAAUCAGCUCUGAGAUAUUUGGAGGAACCACAGAAACACUUUGUGCUCAGGUUCACCAAGCCACCCGGCCUCUGUCGAUCAAGGUCUUGAUUGAAAUGGAGAGUGGCAGCAACACGACUAUACUAGAGGAAGCCGUCACACAGGACUUCUAUCGCUGCGCGGAAUUCCAGGCACCCCCAGUGAAAACUGACAGUGUGGCCAGUGUACAUGUUAGUAUCCAGGGAGAGAAGAAAGAAAUAAGCAAAAAGACCAAGAUCCUUAUCAAGCCCAAAACAUUCAUCACUAUUAUCUCGACAGACAAACCAAUCUACAAACCUGGACAAACAGUAAAGUUCCGAAUCGUCUCGCUGGAUGCCAGUUUCAUGUCAUUCAAUCAGAUGUAUCGAACAGUGGAACUUCAGGAUCCCAACUCCAAUCGCAUUGCUCAGUGGUUGAACCAAUCGACAGUGAGUGGAAUUCUGGACCUGGCUCAUCCAAUGUCCCCAGAGGCAACUCAAGGAAGUUACAUCAUCACUGCAUGGAAUGAAAAAGGAGACAAGACCUCUCAUAACUUUGACAUUAAAGAAUAUGUGUUGCCCAAAUAUGAGGUAACGGUCAGUCUUCCCCAAACAAUAACCAUUCUGGACAAGCAAGCAACACUGACAGUUUGUGGAAAAUACACUUAUGGAAAACCAGUGCUGGGGUCUGUCACGGCUAAAGUUUGCAGAAGCACCCUGCAAUAUCACUGGAUGUUUAAAAGUAGCAAUAUCUGUGAGUUGUAUGUUAUGAAUACUGACAAAACUGGUUGUGCAACUCAAAUUGUUGACGUAACGCGGUUUGGUCUAAGUGAUUCAAAGUUUGAGGACAGUUUUAAAGUGGAGGCUGAGUUGGAGGAACAUGGAACAGGUGUCAUCCUUAAAGGUAGUGGCGAAGCAAGAUUCACCAAUGAAAUCAUAACUGUCAGUUUUGAGGAUGUGCCCCAAACAUAUAAACCAGGCAUUGCUUAUGAGGGAAAGAUCAAAGUGACAGGUCCAAACUCUGUUCCGGUUCCCAAUGAGCCUGUCUAUCUAUUCCUAAAUGAACAUAUCACAUCUGAAAACUGGACGCUCACCACAGACAGCAAGGGCAUCGCUUCUUUCUCUCUGGACACUUCUCUAUGGACAUUUGAUACUGCGUCUUUGACGGCUCAUUAUCAAAGGUUUGUGGACAUUCGUCCACAAAGGAGGGGUAUGCCGCUUAGACCAGAAUAUCGAUCUGCCUACCUUUUCAUAAGGACAUUUUAUUCUAAGAGUAAGAGCUUUCUGAAGAUAAUGCAAGGCAAAGGGAAGUUAUCCUGUGAAAUGGACAGUAUUGUUCUUGCUCACUACAUCAUCCAAGGCGAGGAGCUGUUAAUGGGACAGGAGACACUGGACUUUUUCUACUUGGUUUUAUCUAGGGGCAGUAUUCAGCAGCAUGGCCGCCUCCCUGUGGAUGUCAAAAAAGGACAAGUAAACACAGGGGAGCUAACAGUCUCACUGCAGCCGAUGCAUGAGCUGUCCCCUUUUGCCCAGGUGGUGGUUUACACUGUGCUGCCUACUGGGGAGGCCGUAGCAGACAGCCGGGAUUUCCCCAUUUACCUCUGCCUGAAAAACAAAGUGUCUUUGAAGUUCUCAUCUCUCCAGGAGUUGCCGGGGGAGAAGACCUCUGUGAGCCUCCAGGCACACCCCGGGUCCCUGUGUUCUCUCAGGGCCAUCGAUCAGAGUGUGCUGUUACUGCAGCCUGAACAAGAGCUCAGCCUAGACUCUGUCUUCAGUCAGUUGCCUGUUCAGAAGUUGUCUGGAUAUUCGUACAAAGUAGGAGACUCUGACCCCUACCCGUGCCUACAAGAUCCUACACCCAUUCCUGAAGUGUCUAAGGAGUUGGAAGCACCACCCACUGAGCUGUCAGCACCACCCGUCCCUAACAGGAAAAAACGUUCAUACUGGUUUGGCCACAACAAUGAAAAAAAUGACGUCUACAACAUCUUUAAAGACAUUGGAAUCAAGAUCUUGACCAACUCAGAUGUGAAACAACCUUCUGACUGUUGGAUCCUGGACGUAAUGAGGGGAAGGGACAUAUUGGAUGCUCCAAUGCCCAUGGCCUUCAACAUGAUGCCAGACAUGGAGCACUCUGGAACCCAUGGGGCAUCUGAUGGGCCUAAGGAGACCAUCCGGACAUACUUCCCAGAGACCUGGGUCUGGGACCUGGUGCCUGUGGGAGAUACAGGGAAAGUGACUGUUGAAAAGACUGUGCCAGACACUAUCACUAAGUGGGCUGCGGGGGCAUUCUGUACAUCCCCAGUGGGUUUUGGCCUGGCUCCCAACACUGGCCUCACUGCGUUCCAACCCUUCUUUGUGAGCCUGACACUGCCCUACUCUGUCAUCCGGGGGGAGGUGUUCACACUGAAAGCCACAGUGUUCAACUACCUCUCCAAGUGCAUCAUGGUGAAUGUGUCUCUAGCUGAAUCCAACCAGUUCACCGCCCGGCCCUGUGAAGGCUGCCAGUACACUGUGUGUCUGUGUGCUGAGGAGAGCAGGACCUUCAAGUGGAUCCUCACCCCAACUCUUUUGGGGAAGGUGAGUGUGAAAGUAAGCGCAGAGGCUUUGAAGACAGAGGAUCUCUGUGGCAAUGAAGUGGCCACGGUGCCAGAGAAAGGACACAUUGACACCAUUGUGCAGACCCUGCUGGUGGAGGCUGAGGGAACCCAACAGACUGUCAGCCAUAACGCUCUGCUCUGUCCUGCAGAGGGCCCAGUGGAGAAGGACAUCUCUCUGAAACUGCCUGAGAUGUUUGUAGAAGGUUCUGCCAAGGCUUCCCUCUCGGUGCUAGGUGACCUAAUGGGUCGGGCCAUGAAGAACCUGGACAGCCUGUUACAGAUGCCCUAUGGCUGUGGAGAACAGAACAUGAUACUGUUUGCUCCUAACAUCUACAUCCUCAACUACCUGAAGAGCACCGGGCAGCUCACAAAGGAGAUCCAGACCAGGGCCACAGGGUUCCUGGAGAGUGGAUACCAGAGAGAGCUCAACUACAAGCAUAAUGACGGCUCCUACAGUGCCUUUGGGAAGAGCGAUGAGUCUGGAAACACCUGGCUCACCUCCUUUGUGCUGAAGUCCUUUGGAGGGGCCAUACCCUACAUCUUUGUGGAUCCCAACCACAUUGCACAGGCCAAGACCUGGUUGGCCAGUCACCAGCAGGAAGAUGGCUGCGUUGCGUCAGUGGGGAAACUUUUCCAUAACGGCAUGAAGGGAGGGGUCAGUGAUCAUGUGUCGCUCACUGCCUACAUCACCGCUGCUCUGCUGGAGCUGGAUGGAAACCCUAGUGACCCCAUGGUGGAGAGGAGUCUGGCAUGUCUGAAGGCAGCAGUGUCUGGCGAGCUAAAUAACACCUACACAACAGCCCUGCUGUCUUACACCUUCACCCUGGCUCAAGACCAGGACAUGAGAGCCAAGCUCAUCACAUACCUCGACAAGAUCGCUUCUACCACAGGUGGCAAUCGUCACUGGACGAGAGCAGAGGCUUCUGGAACAAAGACAGACUCUCUUGAAGUGGAGAUGACGUCCUAUGUGCUGCUGGCGCUGCUCUCAGGCCCCACUUUACCAGGCUUUGGGCUUGACUACUCAACUGGCAUCGUCCGCUGGUUGUCCCAACAGCAGAACCCCUAUGGAGGCUUUUCCUCCACACAGGACACGGUGGUAGCGCUGCAGGCCCUGGCCAAGUAUGGUGCUGCCUCCUUUAGUCCAGAAGGUGCCAGUACAGUCAGUGUGAGCUCAGCUGGAGGCCUGAAGAGAGAGUUCACUGUGGAUCAGAACAACAGGCUGCUCUAUCAGGAGGAGCCACUGACGGAAGUGCCUGGGGACUACAACAUCAAGGCACAGGGCAAAAGCUGCGUGUUUGUACAGGUAGCGAUGCAUUACAAUAUUCCCCCUCCUCCUGACUUCUCUGCUUUUAACAUCUCAACACGGACACUGGGGUUAUGCAAUCGCACUAAGAAAACUGUGUCAGUCUUGGUGGAUGUCAGAUACAACGGUCGCAGAGAAGAGACCAACAUGGUAAUCAUCAACCUCAAGCUUCUCUCCGGCUUUAUCCUGGACAAGUCCUCCCUCGGGCCGUUAAAAAAUACUGUCAAACGUGUUGAUCAGGAGGAAGGUCAUGUCAUCAUCUACCUUGAUGGGCUUAAGCAGAAUGAAUCAAAGAUGUACAGGCUGGUCAUUGAGGAGGAUGUGCCUGUUAGGAAUCUGAAACCAGCUGUGGUGAAAGUGUAUGACUAUUACCAGACAAGUGAUGAAGCUGUGAGUGAAUACAGCUCCCCAUGUGCAGAAAGUGAUGAUGUCAAUGAAUUGUAAGACCAAGCAGACUGGACCAGGACAUAACCAAAUUCAUUUCUGUAUAGGAAGUACAGUAAUGUCUUUCAGACAAACCUUUUAGAACCUUUCCAUUUAUUUGUUUUGAUGUUUAUAGUUUCUGAUAACCCAUUCACUAACUUGAUGUUUUUAAUAUUAAGUGAACACUACAGAGGCUUUUUAAUAGAUGAGCCUUAGGGUUUUACUCGAAUUUAGAUUUUUUUAACUUUUAACUUUGAUUUGUUGUAACACACCAGUCUGCUGUUGAAUCUUUUAAAUAUGCUAUUAGUAAGUAUUAGUUUAGUUUUUGUCAUAAUGCCAAAAGUUACAUUUCAGUGUAAAUUCUACUGCAGCUACAGAAAAUAAAAUAAAUUGAAUUAGAAUCAUGCUUAUAUGGAUUAAAA